AAGCAGGGAAAUCCGGAUGUCUCGGUUAUGAAGCAGAGCAGUGGGGGCCCCACAUAUUUCCAGAAGUCUCCAUCCACUGGUGAUUAUUGUCUGCCUUUGAUACUACCAGUGCUCAUCUGACCUACUUCUCUGGCUCUGAAGGUGCUGGCACAAUGGCCAAGUUCUUCAGUCUGGGGUUGCUUCUUGCCUCCAUCUGGACCACAAGGCUCCUGGUCCAAGGCUCUCUCCGCUCAGAAGAACUUUCCGUCUCAGGACCAUGCAGAAUCAUGGGGGUCACCCUAGUGACCAAAAAGACACAGCCGCUUCUGAAUUUCACAGAAGCCCAGGAGGCCUGUAGGCUUGUGGGACUCACUUUGGCCAACCAAGACCAGGUUGAAGAAGCGCGGAAAUUUGGCUUUGAGACUUGCAGCUAUGGAUGGGUUAAAAAUCAGUUCGUGGUCAUCCCUCGAAUUAUCUCCAACCCCAAGUGUGGGAAGAGUGGGGUAGGCGUCGUGAUUUGGAGAAGUUCACUCGGCAGUAGGCACAGGGCCUAUUGUCACAACUCAUCUGAUACUUGGAUUAACUCAUGCUUUCCAGAAAUUAUCACCACCGAUGACCCCUUAUUCAACACUGAAACUGAAACAUACACAACAAAAAUGACGGUCAGUGACAGUACACACUCAGCAUUGUCUACAGAUGGUCCUGACUAUGUUACAACGACUGUGGCUCCCCCUCUGGCUUCCACUUCUACUCCCCGGAAAAGAAAAUUAAUUUGCAUAACAGAAGCUUUUAUGGAAACUAGCACCACAGCUACAGAAAGAGAAUCAGAUAUUCAAAAUAGACCAGCCUUCAAAAAUGAAGCUGUUGGGUUUGGAGGUGUUCCCACAGCCCUGCUGGUGCUCGCGCUCCUCUUCUUUGCUGCCGCAGCUGGCCUUGCAGUCUGCUACGUCAAAAGGUAUGUGAAGGCAUUCCCCUUUACAAAUAAGAACCAACAGAAGGAAAUGAUAGAAACUAAAGUAGUAAAAGAGGAGAAGGCCGAUGAUAGCAACCCUAAUGAGGAAUCAAAGAAAAUGAAUAAAAAACCAGAGGAGCCCAAGAGUCCACCCAAAACCACAGUGCGAUGCCUGGAAGCUGAAGUUUAGAUGAGCAAGAAAUGAAAGGACACACCUCAGGCUUAUUUCCGUCCUGAUACACAUCCUGGUCCCAGAUGGGGAGCCUAAAAGGACCAGAGAACCAAGCAAGCAAGUUUACCCUUGGUUCCUGACUAGAGUCAACUCAGGACUACCUUUCAACUCUGGCGUACACCAAAGGAAAUUCCCUUUUUCUUACUGCAGUCCUUUCUGGAUCCUACCCUUCUACCUCCAAAGCUUCCUACAACCUUUCUAGCCUGGUUAUGUCCUAAUAAUAUCCCAGUGGGAGAAAGGAGCUUGUGCAAAACACCAGGACCUAAACAGCUAAGCAGAACAUUUUUGUCAAGUGGCUUUUAUGCUGCCUGAGAAUAGGUGAGUUGAGAGUCAAGAAACCACUGACAUCAAGGCUUUGUCUAUUGAUUUGACUCUACAGCCCAGAUUGUUUCUUCAGCUCUGGAAAGGAAACACUUUUACCACUUGGCAUGUUCUUCUGAGCCAGGCAAGAGUGAGAGAAGGAAGAAAAAGUUUAGCAACUAAAAGGCAUAGAUUCCCAUGAUGUGAGACCUAAUCUCUGUAAAGCGAAAAUAAAUAGAGAAAAAGAACGAUGCUGGGGAUGUUGGGAGCAUUUGUCAGUAGGGACUAUAAAUACAGACAGAGCAAAUGUUUAUCUCUGAAUAAUUUGAAGUGAAAUCACUUAUCAGAAGCUACACACACUUGCUUUUCUCUCUUGAGCUGCUGCUAGUUUCUCUAGAAGAAUAUACUGUUUUAAGAACCUGCCCCCCCCAAAAAAACUCUUACAAAUUUCUAUUUUAAUCCAAAUUACAGAAAUUAUUAGUGAAUAAAAUUACUGUGUUAAAAAGCAGUAAAGUUUAAUAAACAUUUGCUGAAUGCCUACUCUAUGUCAGGUGCUGUGCAAGUUCUUACAUUCCAUAAUUGAAUAUUAUUCACCAAAAUUUUUGUAUAGUAGAAUAUAUGAAGAUAAUUUUUUCACUGUUAAUAUCCCAGCUUGUCUACUUCCAAAACCCAAUUAUUUUUUUCGGAUACUAACCUACUCAUUAUCUUCUCAUUAAUAUGGCAACCAUUAAGCCUUAAUUUAUUAUUAACAUGCCUGAAAAAUACAUCAUUACCUCUAUAUGCUUUUUAGAUGUCACUACCAAAUGUAUCGCUAGCUCUCCUUCUUCUAGCAAAAGAAGCCUGGGAGGUGCAGAAAUAAUUGUGCUGAAAAAAAUAAAAGCAUUUAUAAAGUU